GAUAUACCAGACGACUUAGACGACACCAAUUCCCUGCCAAGAUAUACACCGUCCAUUGCACCGCUAGAAGACAUGUCUGCAAACGUAGACUCCGCGCCGAAGAGCACUUUGCCAUACCCCCCGAUCCACAAGGACAAGAAAUUCGUCGUCCUCUCAGACUGGGACGGGACGAUCACGAACCGUGAUUCCAAUGAUUACUUGACGGACCACCUUGGCUUCGGCGUCGAGAAGCGGCGACAAGGAAACCUAGACAUCCUUGCGGAGAAGAAGACGUUCCGCGACGCGUUCCACGAAAUGCUCGAGAGCGUUUCCGCGAACGGGCACACGUUCGAAGAGUGCAAGGAGGUGCUGAAGAAGAACAUCACUCUUGACGUCGGUUUCCGAGACUUCUACCGCUACUGCAAGGAGCACGACAUCCCGGUCGUCAUCAUCUCCAGCGGCAUGGCGCCCCUCAUCCGCGCCGUCCUGUCCAACCUCAUCGGCGAGGAGGACGCGAAGGAGAUCGAGAUCGUCUCCAACGAGGUCGACGUCCAGUCCGAUGGCAAGUGGGAGAUCAAGUACCGCCACCCCACGAGCGGGUUCGGGCACGACAAGAGCCAGGCCAUCCUGCCGUACCGCGACCUCCCCGACCCGCCGACCGUGUUCUUCUUCGGUGACGGCGUCUCCGACAUGUCCGCCGCACGCCACGCGAACGUCUUGUACGUGAAGCAGAAGGAGGGCGGGGACAACGACCUCGCCGCGUACUGCCGCCGCGAGAGCAUCCCGCACAUCCUCUUCGAGGACUUCGGGCACGCUCUUCGCUCCGUCAGCGCCAUCGUCGAGGGGAAGAAGUCCGCCCAAGACGCGCUCGCCGAGGGCAGGGCCUGAGACCUGAGGACCCGUCCGAGUCGUUGGCAGGGUCUCCUGGACGCGAGGAGGACCGGCGGUGAGUCGGGGAUGGGAAGCAUGGGAAGAAAUGAGCCGUAUCGCCGGAGAUGCGUGGUGAGGAAGUGCGGACGCACUGCGGCACGUUUCAAGCGCGCGGCGGUGCCACGGAAUGUACAGAACGUUUGUAGGAACUCAUCGAGAAGAUAUGAAGAACAGGCACACCCGUUGCAUGUGUCAG